GCCGAAGGUGGUAAUGGACGUCCAUUAUUUCUCUUUGACUUCGUGACGGAGUUUCGGGGGAAGUCUGGGCUCUGCUACCGCCUGAAGCCUUUGCAAUUGUUGAUUUGUGUAUGACUACUACUACUAAUGCUCGCUCGUCUCUUGCGGCCGGCUCUUGUUUUUUUUGUCGUUCUCUCACCUUGGCGGGCACCGGGCACGAACUCUCAACAUCAGUGGCAUCGAUACAUCUUGGGUGCUGCUUUCCUUGCGAAAACUACGCCCAAAUGUAUCAAAAACAACAAUCCGGCAAUAUACCUUGGGCUCGCCGACGACAUCUUUUCGGAUUUCUUCCAUCGGGGCGACAAAAAGAUCUAUCGAUACCACUUGUUUUUCUCGUCAUGUUCUGUCCGGUCUCAACUUUUCUCGCAUACAGAACAAAAAGACGACAAUUCCGGUGUUUUCUGUCUGGCCUCCCAGGGUGAGGCCGGCCUUGCACGAAACGGGCGUUAAUUUUUUCGCGCAGCGGUGGUCUAUGCAUCUCAACUCGACAUUUAUUUCCUGCAUUGGUGUUUCGACAAACAUCACGGCGGAGUUUUGUUUGGGGUUUCCCUGAAUCUUUUUCUUUACCAUUCUCGGCAUAUUUUACGACCGCAUGAUUCGCAACCAGUUCGGAUCAAAGUGUCACGGGUUACGACGUCUUUUCCU